AUGACUAGCCCCCCCAUGCUGCCGAGGAGGGGUAUGCCGACUCCCACUCCUUGUGCCCGCCGACUAGAAGAGGAGAACAGGAGGAGGGGGUUGACCAAGAGGGCGGAUUUCACGUUCUUCAUCACCUACACCGUAACCGUCACUGAAACCCCCGCGUCGACCUACUACCUUACCACCACCCGGUUGACCACGUACUGGAUAACCAGGGUAUCAACCAAGACCCGCACAUCCUUCAUCCUCGUGGACAGAACUUCGACGGAAACGCUAACCUCUACAACCACCACCACAACCACGACCAGAUUCACAUCUGGGACAACAACCGUUCCCCGAGAGGCUUCCCGGGGGACUUCCCGAGAGACUUCCCGAAAGGGGCUGAGCGCCAGAGCGAAAGUCGGCGCCGGCGUUGGUGGUGGGGUGGGUGGGGUAGCAGUGAUAGUUAUCGUGGUAGCUUUGGUAUGGAAGAAGCGCAUGAAGCAGGCGGAAGCGGAGGGGUGGGCAGGGAAUCAACCUGUGGGUAAUGUAAUGGCCGAGAUCCCACCACCGCCGCCGCAAUCGCCGCCAGUGACGUAUUUUCAACCAUAUCAACCCCCGGGGCAGCACCCGGAGAGAUAUUCUGGUUUGCCUUCCCCUCCCCACAUGAUAUGAGAUUUGUCAGGAGGUAGAGUCGGGCAAGGCUGAUUUUUUUUUCUUUUUCGAACGCUACUUUAUAUCACAGAACUUGAUCCGAAUCUUAUACAUAGCAUCCCGCGGCAGUCGAUCCCGGGAUCCCCGGUACCGCCGAGUAAUCGAGGGUCGACCGGGACCGGGAGUGGGAUGUAGGAUUGUGGGGGAGGAAGGAGGGAGGAAGUUAUGCGAUUACGAGUUAUUGUACGGAGUAUGCGUUUGGGCUUUAAUGAGACGAGAUGGAACU